AUGGCGUGCGGAACCCUCCCCGGCUGCUGCUGGGCGCCGAGCAAAGCGCGGCAGUUCAGCUGCACGGCGCCCGAAUUGCCGUUCCCAUUUGCGUCCGGAAGAAAAACAGAUUUGAGCAAAUCCCUUGGGCGUGCUGGUGUACUCCUGAGAUGGCUUUUCUGGAAAUUCAAGUGUAAAUUACAUCCUCAGACUCUUGAAAGCUUAUCCGGAGUAGUGCCAGUUGUCUUACUGCAUGCAGUCUCUGUUCCUCUGCAGAACAUUGUGUCCAAGAAUGCCAUGCAGUACCGUGGGAAUGCCCAGCACGACGCGCAGGAGUUCCUGCUCUGGCUUCUAGACAGAGUCCACGAGGAUCUGAACAACGUGGUGAAUUACAGCGGCAUGCCUCCACUCAAGCCACCGCUGGAGGAUGAUGUGCUCCUCGAGGGACCAGCCUUUCCCAUCAGUAGUACUUUCGUACAGGAACUCUUUCAAGCUCAGUACAGGUCCUCUCUGACGUGCCCUCAUUGCCAGAAGCAGAGCAACACCUUUGACCCUUUUCUUUGCAUCUCUCUGCCGAUUCCUUUGCCUCACACGCGGCCACUCUAUGUCACUGUGGUGUACCAGGGGAAGUGCUCGCACUGCAUGCGCAUCGGGGUGGCUGUACCCAUCGCUGGCACAGUGGCCAGGCUGCGGGAGGCUGUGUCCUCAGAAACCAAGAUACCCACUGAGCAGAUUGUGCUGACGGAGAUGUACUACGAUGGGUUUCAUCGUUCCUUCUGUGACACUGAUGACCUGGACACAAUUCAUGAAAGUGACUGCAUUUUUGCCUUUGAGACCCCGGAAAUAUUUAGGCCUGAGGGUAUCCUUAGUCAGAGAGGAAUACAUGUGAACAAUAACCUGAAUAACUUAAAAUAUGGCACUGAACACUCACGAACAGUAUCAUACUCUCAAGGAACUGUGGUGUCUGGAAAACUGGAACAGUCCUCUACGAGACAAGGAGCAAAUGACAAGAUUGUCUUGCUGGUGUGUAAUAGAGCAUGCACUGGACAGCAGAGCAAAAGGUUUGGCUUGCCCUUUGUGUUGCAUUUGGAAAAAACAAUUGCUUGGGAUAUUCUGCAGAAGGAAAUCUUGGAGAAGAUGCAGUAUUUCCUGCGGCCUGCAGCCUGCUUGCAGGUCUGCCCAUUCAGCUUGCGAGUGGUCAGUGUUGUGGGCAUAACGUAUUUGCUACCUCAGGAGGAGCGGCCCCUCUGCCAUCCAACAGUGGAAAGGGCAUUGAAGUCAUGUGGACAGGGGGGAACUGCUCAUGUGAAAUUAGUCGUAGAAUGGGACAAAGAAACUAAAGAUUUCUUGUUUGUGAACACAGAGGAUGAGUAUAUUCCAGACUCUGAAAGCGUCCGCCAGCAGAGAGAGCUUCAUCACCAACCUCAGACCUGCACUUUAUCUCAGUGUUUCCAACUGUAUACCAAAGAGGAGCAGCUUGCCCCAGAUGAUGCAUGGCGAUGCCCACACUGCAAGCAGCUACAGCAGGGUAGCAUCACGCUGAGCCUCUGGACCUUACCUGAUGUUCUCAUCAUACACCUCAAAAGGUUUAGGCAGGAAGGAGACCGAAGGAUGAAACUUCAAAACAUGGUUAAAUUUCCCCUGAGUGGUUUGGACAUGACCCCUCACGUUGUUAAGCGCAGUCAGAGCAGCUGGAGUCUGCCAUCCCACUGGUCACCCUGGAGGCGACCUUAUGGUCUUGGGAGGGAUCCUGAGGACUAUAUCUAUGACCUGUACGCAGUCUGUAAUCAUCAUGGCACCAUGCAAGGGGGACACUAUACAGCAUAUUGCAAAAACUCGGUUGAUGGCCAGUGGUACUGCUUUGAUGACAGUGAUGUUCAGCAGCUUUCUGAAAAUGAAGUCUGCAAGCAGACAGCAUAUAUUCUUUUCUACCAGAGACGCACAGCAAUCCCAUCAUGGUCUGCUAACAGCUCUGUGGCAGGCUCCACAAGCUCCUCACUCUGUGAGCACUGGGUCAGCCGUCUUCCUGGCAGCAAGCAGCCCAGCAUUGCUUCUGCAGCAUCAUCACGGCGUACGUCUCUGGCUUCGCUCUCGGAAUCGGUGGAGCUGACUGGAGAAAGGAGUGAGGAUGAUGGAGGUUUUUCAACUCGGCCCUUUGUAAGAAGUGUCCAGCGUCAGAGCUUGUCAUCCAGAUCUUCUGUCACCAGCCCACUGGCCGUGAGUGAGAAUGGUGUCAGGCCCUCGUGGUCACUCUCUGCAAAACUGCAGAUGCGCUCCAACUCUCCAUCGCGCUUCUCUGGAGACUCCCCUGUACACACCUCUGCUUCCACCCUGGAGAAGAUUGGGGAGGCUGCUGAUGAUAAAGUCUCCACCUCUUGCUUUGGCAGCUUGAGGAAUCUCUCUAGCAGCUACUUGGAGCCCUGUGAUGGUGGCCGGCGAGAGCAUAAAGCAGCUCGCAGGGCCCCCUUGGCUGUCAUGGAAGGGGCAUUCAGGGAAGAGCCUGUUGUAAGGACAUCGAGCUCAGAUCUUUCAGAUGGGCUUGGUAAGAGUUCUGAGCAGCCAGACAGGAGUCACCCUGCUUUGGAUCCUUUUGAUAAUAACAAUCAAAUCGCCUUUGUUGAUCAGAGUGAUUCUGUGGAUAGCUCUCCAGUCAAGGAGGUGAAAGCCCCCAGUGGGACAGGACUGGCUCCAGAGAAAAUGGAGGGAACCCCAAAGAAGGCUCACAGCUCCAAGGGAGCUUCUGAAUCAGACAGAAUGAGGAAAGGAAGGACGGUCUUAUCUACCCAAGAGACUAAAGUGUCUCGCUCUUCUCCUCCCCUCAAGAGUUCCCAGAAGGUUUCCCGGUCUAGGAGUAAAACCGAUGCCUCUAGGGCCACUGGGCGACACGGGUCUCCUGCACCCACCCAGGCUAGGAAGGACCAUAGCACCAAGUCUGCUGAGGUGACUGUCCCGUUGGCUCAACAGAAACAAAAGUCAGGUUCUUCUCCAUCCUCCACAGCUGCCAAGAAAGCCGCAUCAGGCUCAUUGACUAAGGGCUCUUCUGCUGGGAAGAGCCGGACUUCAGAACGAAGCCUCAGCAGGGAGGGCUCUAAAAUAAGCCUGGGGUCAGAUAAAACAAGCGUUACCAGCAGUUCGAGAACAAGCUCCCCGCGGAUCAGCCACUCCAGGAGUGACAGCAGGGCAGUAGACAGCAAGCACACGCGGAGCUCCUCAAUGGCAAACCUGCGGUCUCCAAAUGUUGGUAUGCGUUCUGGUUUGAAGAGAGACAGCAAGUCGGAAGAGAAGGGAUUGUCUUUCUUUAAAUCAGCCUUAAGGCAGAAGGAGACCCGUAGGUCAGCUGACCUGGGAAAGACAACGAUGCUCUCGAAAAAGGCAGCGGGUGGCAGCUCCAAAUCAGCCAGCAAAAAUGCGCUGGAGGACAAAUCUGAGAAAGGUGGUGUCCCACCAGCCUCUCAAACCAAUGCCAACGUUACUGCAAAAGAAAAACUUGUCCCAAAAGAUGCCGCACCCAACAAACAUUCUCUGCUAUCCAGCCGCAAGUCCAAAUCUUCCCUGCUAGAUCCUGGAGCCCGGUCUCCUCCUUCCAGUGGCAAGCAGGCUGCAGACAAGCCACUGAAAAGGUUACCUUCCAGCAUGCAGGUGUCUGUACGGCCUUCUAUGGAACCUCAGUGAAAUGCUGCAAUCCAGGUGUCUUUUCUGCUGAGAAGCUAAUUUAUUCUGAGCUCUUUUUUUUUUUGUUCAUGUGCCUAAUGUAUGUUUUGAGGAGAAGUUAACUGCAAGUUGUUAAAGCGCCUUUUGAUUCUGCCAUCAAACCAAAUAGCCACAGGCAGCCAGCACUGAUGCAAGUAGGCUAGCUGGAGUCGUCAUUGAACGUGAAUGCAGCUGUCCCAUAGCACUUGUACAGGAGUCUCUCUGUAGGAAAUGCAUCAACUUCUUUCAGGCUCGAAGUCUGAAACCCAGUUGUACUGACACUGGUGUGCUUUAAGAACUGUGAACUGAUACUCCUUUGGUCUCGUUCUGAGCAGGCUGUUUCCACAUCGGAUUGCAGCCUUGUUCUGAGCUGGGAGGAUGCGAAGGAAACCAGACAGAAGAGACUGCCGCUGCUUAUGCUCUCUCUCAACCCUUUCUCCCUACUCCCUUCCAUUUUCAAGCUUUCUAAAGGGCAAUAUCUCAACACUAAUGUUGUUUCUCAGGUAUAUACUCAGCCAGUAUAGGAGGGACUAGCAUUAGUGGAUGGACAGAAAGGUACCUGUGUGUCUGCGUACGUGUGUCUUUAUAAUAGAUACCAUUCUUGCAUUCCAACAGCAGAAAGAUUUUUCUUUUUCUGCUUUUUUUUUUGUUGUUGUUGCUGUGUCUGUGGAGAGUUUUACAUUGUUCAUACCUAAGACAACCUUUAGCCUGUCCUCUUUAAUUACUUUCUCUCUUCCAAAAUCCUAUACUAAGUGAUGGAAGCCACUGAGCAGCAGCUGGUCACCAGCUUGUACCUGUGAGAGCACAGGGUGGAGGUCGUUACAGUGCCACGGGAAACUGCUGUCUUAGUGUCUGGAUGGCAGUGGUGCUGUACAGAGCACCACUGUACCUCCUGAGAAGAAGCUUCUGUGCUUUGAUGCUUAAUUGUAGUGGUGUAAUAUGGCAUCUGCUGUUUAUAGGAGUAAUAUUUAGAUAAGCAAAGUGUUGUCUCACCUUCUCUGCCUGCUCUGAGCGUGCCCUUAGCAAGCUGUCCCACGUGGGCUGCAGGUGCCUGGGUGCAGAGGAGCAGCCACGCUACAGAGCACUGCUGCACUCCUCCCUGCCUGGCCCUGGGGUGAAGCACUGCUGGGCCUUGUGGUCAUGAUGGGCUCUGUCAGGGGUAAAGCACUGCAUUUGUGAUGUCUUUGUUUACAUGCCCUUCUGAAAGGGGAGAGUCCUCACACUCUUCAAGAUUCCUCCUAGGAGGAGGAUUCUUCUAGUCCUUUUAUAUACAUGUGGUAUAAUUUUUUUUUUGUAAUUCACUGAGUUUUUAUUAAUGCUCUGCAUAUCCUUUACAUACAGCAGCAGCCUGUUGUGUGCUUGUCUCUCGGUGGGGUCCCUGCCUGCCUCCUUGAGCAAAGCUUCUCCAGGCUGAGCUGUGGGCAGCCCUGCUGGCACACCUCUGUUGGCACUGCGGCAGGUGGCCCUCAAACCAGCACUUCUUUCAGCUGGCCUCUUCCACCUGCACUCUUAGCUGCUGUUGGGUCCCUGCAAGGAGCCUCCCCUUGGGCCGUUGAGCACACGGUUGCUCCCUGAUCCUCCUCUCGCCCAGCUCACUGCUUUGGAGCUCAGUGUGCUCAGUUUGAGGUGGCUGUCACCUUGGAGCUGAGGAGUUGGCCUGGGAUGCCACAGAGCUCUGCUGGUGUGUGGCCGUGAGCCCACCUGCAGCACAGCCUUUGCUCCAUCCCAGCUGUGCUCUGCAGGACCUACCUUUGUGCAGCACAGAAGCAAUGCCAGUGACCUGCAUGUUUUUACGAUGUGUUGGACUCUGUGCCCUGGACUAUUUUUAAGCCUAAACACAGCCAUCUUGAUCUAGUUCUUCUCCCAUGCGUUGUUUCCUUCUCAUUUAGUGCAGCAACAAGAAGCAAAGAUUGCAUUACUUGCUUCUUCCGUGUAUAACUCGGAUUAUUCCUGGAUUACUUUUUGUUGUAUCCAGCGGAUCAGAUAGGACUUGCUUCACAUUGUGGUACUUAAAUUACUCCCUGUAAUGUCAAUAUUGAAAUACUUAAGAUUUUAUCUGUAUUAAGAUCUUGCACUGUGUUGGCUCUUCUCUUGUAACAACUCCUCUAGCAAGAAUGUAAUUCUGGAAGCUACUGCUAACUUGGUUUGAUAUCUUUUAAUAAGACAGAACCUUGUUUUCUGUGCACUUUGCCAUGGGACACUUGUGAAAGGUUAUUUUUAUCAAGUGACAUUUUCUUUUCAUGUCAUCCAUCUUUCACUGGAGAAGUUGAAACUGGAAGCUGGUUGUGUGGUUUUUGAGGUGUGUUCUGCUGAUGCCUGUGCUGAAGGAAACUUGAAGCCAUGUCCAAGCUGGCAUUCUGCUGAGUGCCAGUUAGUGUGUCUGUGUUUGGGCCACGAGAGUAGUCAUGAGAGCUGCUGGUUGGACAAAGUGGGGAUGAGAAGUGGUGGUGCCAAGCAUUCCUGUAGCUGAGGUUAGAAACAGUCCAAUCUCUGCGUUGCUGUGAGAAGUCACCCAGUUCUUCUCUCUGCUUACCGUAGUUCCUGAUGGCGGUCGCUGCCAGCUCCAGCACUGGCUGCUCUCUGCACGCUGCCUGUUUGGAUCUCUGCCUGUCCCUUUGGAAACAGAAGCUGGAGUGCACCGAGUCAUUGUGCUGUGAACAAGCAUAGGGUGGGCUGAGCAGCUGAUGCUGACAGUGCCCUCUUCUUCCCAUUGAUCUGUUGUCUUAGAGCACACUUUCUGGCUCAGGAGGGAUUGACUUUGAGCAUCCUCGAGCAAAGUGCUUUGAUCUAGCAGGGUGCACUGGUAGUUCUUGUUGAAUAUAAGGUACACAUCAGGCAUGAUGUGCAAAGCUUGCCUGUACGGGACCUGGAAGAUGCAGUCCCUGUUCUCAUGGCUUGUUGAUUCUGUGAAACAGCAGUUUGGGAAGUAGCUGCCUGUUGCCACUCUGCAUCGUCUGCUCCUCAGUGUCACAGAUCCCCAGCAGCGUAGGAACUUCCUUGGAUAGGAGAGGGCUGAUGGAUGUGGGCCCAGGAAGCAGCAGUGUUCCUGGUGGGUUUAAAGCCACACCUGAUUGCUGUUAAAAACUAUGGCUGCACUGGGGGUGAAGGGUAAACCUCUGCCCAGUGCCAGAGCUCUGCUGGAGUCACCUACAGAAGUUAUUUUUACCCUUUUUGGGCUUUGUCUUUUGGAUAGUGUUUAGUAGUGUACAAAAUUAUAAGCACAUUUUCAAUGAUGUGUAUUAAAGAGGCACCUUUUAUUUGUAUUAAUCACAUUUGAUAGACAAUUUGGUGCCUGCAGUUCUCGGUAAAUUGUAAAUGUCUCACUUUGGGUGUAUAAAUUGUUAACCCUUUCGAACUUAUCAAAAAUGGCUACGUUAAAAAACAAAAUGCUUAGGAUAGAAAAUUAGCAGCUUAAUGACAAUACACUUACUCCACUGCAAGUGCCCUCAUCCUUCCUAGCUGCAGAGUUGUUUGCUUUCCAAAGCUGAAACUUGAGCAUGGUCAACCAUUUUUUCUCAGUAACAAAGGCAGUUUUGCAUGGCAGUUCUCUCGCUGUACUCAAAUGCAUGCACUUAUUAUCUAUGCAAGCAUCUAAUAUGAACCACAGUCCGUGCUUUCAGUACCCAGAGCUGCUCGGUGGGCACCAGAGCAUGCUUUGACUCUGUGCUUCAGUUCCUUGGUGCAGUGCCGUGUUGGCACAUAGGAGCAUGUACCUGGUUUCCUGCUUUAUUUGCACAUCUUUGAUUCUUUCCUUUGCAGAAUUCGAGAUAACUGACAAGGCUGGAGUGCAGCGUAAUGUCAAGGGAAUUUGAAACGUUGAAAUGAGAACAAACUGGUUUUCUGUAUUGGUUUUUUCCUUUUUUCCCUUUUUCUUUCUUUCUUUUUUUUUUUUUGUUUGUUUUAAAACAAGGCAAUCCUGGUCAGCGUUCUGUAUGUAGCCUGCUGCUUUGUGUACCUUUGCUGACACACUCCGGGUGGUGAGAAGGGGCUGUGGGCAGAGCCGUGCCCCCAUGGGCCGUGCCCAGGGCUCAGCCAUCAUGGAGAGGGGUGGGAAAUGACAUUCCAAUUGGUUUUGCUGUCAUCUUUUUUUCUAUCUUUGUCAUUGCCUCCUAAUCUGAAACAAUUUGGCGGCAUCCAACGUUACCUGUGGAGGGAACUGAAAUUUAGUUUUAAUCUGUGGUGAGAUGAAAGUACUACUACGUGGUUUUCUUAACAAAAGCACCAUGAAGCAUCUACUAUUAGGAGCUUUACUUUGUAAAAUAAAGGUACGUGAAGACUUGCACGAUAUCUAUCUUAGGCCUAAAGGUUUAGGAAGUCUUCUAUUUAUUUCAAGGCGAUAGCACUCGGUUUACCUGCAGAUAGUGUUUUUUACUCUAAAGACACAGAUUAAAACUAAGUGUGAACACCAAUCCUGUUUCACUCUAGGCCCUGCAGCACAAUGUGCUGCGAGAAGGUUAGUGUUAGGCUUGUAUGGCAUUUGUGCAGUGCAAUAAGCAAAUAUUUUUUAGGUGCUACAUUGCCUUGGGUAGAGUGACACAAGGGAAUACAGGCUACAAGCGGCUACAUUAUUUUCUUGUGGCCUUCCAAGUAUUAAUUUGUACAGAUUUGCUCACCAACUGUGCCUCACCAUUGGUUAAAAUUGAAUUUUAAGUCCUGUUACAAAUGUAGUUUCUCCUCUGGACACAGCGUCAGAUUUUACACUGGAAUAUCUAUGGUUCUGAAAACUGCAUGUCACAUCACUGUACGCCGAUACUGGGACGUGGGGCUUGCCCACACCUUUGAUAUUCUCUUCUGUAUUUUAAUGUUUUUGAACUGUACAGCAAUCUGGAGAGCAGGCUGUCUUUACUUGGGAUUGAACAUUGUACCAUAAAUUUUAAAUUAUUUGAGGACAAGUGCAUGAGACUGUGUUAAUGCCUUUUAUUAUUUAUUUGUAUGUUUUAUUAUUCAAGGUGUAUGCACUUUUAAUAUGCAGAAUUUCUAUUUUUAUGUUUAAAAAUCAUUUUCUUUCAGAAAGAAGAGUGGGAAUAUGAGGAAUUGGAAUUCAGUGGAAAAAAAAA